CCCUUCGUUCCAAAAUACUCGCGCUUUGUGCGGCCAAGAUGUCUGCGCCCGUGGAGGUGGUGCUCACUGCGGAUUCUUCAGGGCAGCUGUGGAACUGUGCCGUUUUUGACCCUCACACCGGAACGAACCUCCUCUCAUCGGGAGGAAACUCAUCCGCCCGCUCUUUAACCAUCUUAAACGGGGAAUACAUCCUCGGAGCUCAGCUGGGCAAGAACUUCAUCAACGUGUGGGAGAUACAAAGGAAGGACCAACUGCAGCAGAAAAUCGUGUGUCCUGGAAUCGUAACCUGCCUAACAGCCUCCCCUGAUGGAAUCUACGUGCUGGCUGGUAUCGCUGAAGCCAUUUAUCUAUGGGAGGUUUCUACUGGAAACUUGCUGGUGAUUUUGAACCGUCAUUACCAGGACCUGAGCUGUCUGCGUUUCACAGACGACAGCAGCCAUUUUGUGUCUGGAGGAAAAGACAAUCUGGCACUCGUAUGGAACCUCGCCAGCGUCAUACAGUUGGACUCAUCUCACACUCCAGAGCCUCGGCACGUGUUAUCACGUCACUCUCUCCCCAUCACGGACAUCCACUGUGGGCUGAUGGGACCUCAGGCGAGACUGGCCACUGCGUCUUUAGACCAGACGGUUAAGCUGUGGGAAAUCUCCUCCGGAGAGAUGCUUUUGUCAGUCCUCUUCGACACCAGUAUCAUGUCGGUGACCCUUGACCCCUGUGAGUACUUAUUGUUCUGUGGAGGAAGUGAUGGAAAUAUCUUCCAGGUGUCCCUCUGUAACACGGCUCUGAGUCGGGAUAAGACGUUCCAGUCGGACGGCGAGGGCAAUCAGAUGUUUAAAGGCCACAGGAACCUGGUGACGUGUCUGUCCGUGUCCAUGGACGGAACGCUGCUGCUGUCAGGUUCACAUGACGAGACUGUCAGGAUGUGGGACGUUCAGAGCAAACAGUGCAUCCGCUGCAUCAACCACAAAGGUCAGGUGACCAACGCAGCUAUUAUUCCGGCCCCCGGGAACAUGUUCCUGCCCGACAGUCGCCCCGGCGUCCCGCUGCCUCGCUUCAGUCGACAUCUGAACAACUCUGAACAGGCCGAAGGAGCCGGAGCGGGAGGAAUAAGUCUCAGGCUGGGCGGCGACCGCCAGGAGCGUGAGGAGACGUAUCUGGAGAAAGCAGAGCGCCUCCAUUCUCUUAUGUGUGCUGUCACAGAUAAGAGCGUGUUCGGCGACGGAGAGAACACCAAGGUGCGCGUGUCGGAGUUAGAAGAAGAGGUGAGGACCCUGAAGAAAAUUAACAAGGAUCUGUACGAGUUCUCAGCCCAGCUCCUUACAAAGCCUCAUUAGAAAGACCUUCAUGAAGCCAAAUCACGUUCACCAGAAACCCAGUCAAAUAAUGAGGAAAAACCGUUCAGGCAGAUUUUUGUGAUUCUCAGAAGAGUCUGACUUUAUACAAUAAACGUUGUUUUUUUUUUUGUACAAA